AUGCAAUCAUGGAACCUUGCACCCGGAGUUCUCAGCUUGAGUUACGUCUUAGUACUUGUUAGGGAUGCCUAUGCAGAAGAAAACUCUAUAUUUCCAAUAAAUCUCAAUCCUCCAAAUAUUAGUCCUCCAAAUCUCAAUUUAAGCCGUCCACUCUAUGACGAAGCCACUUCAGAAAUUGUGUUCCAGAAUGAAAUUAGAAGUCACGGUGUCCGUUUUUCGCGCAGAAGAGAUACUAAAAGUUCCGAGGAGGAGUCACUUGACCCUCACGGAGAACUUUACUCAAAAAUACAUAUUCCGUACGACCAAGCCGAAGUUUCCUUGAAGAGAAAAAUCAAACACUCUAUCAAUAAGAUCCCUAAUAUCUGCAUCAACGGUGGGAUCGAGAAAAAGACGGAAAUAAGGAAAGGAAAGCGUGAAAUAUUACUUCUAGAUGCAGCCUACAAGGUACGGGGAUGGGGUACUACAGCAAAUAGUCCAGGAGAAGGUAUUUCUGGAGGGAAAGGGGUAUCCAUUCCGGAUAUUGCGCCCGUAGACUCUCUGGAAGGUGUAUAUGAUACAAAGGGAAACCCCGACAAGCACGAGGAUAAUAAUAAAUCUCCCAAUAGCCUUGGGCUCAAAAUUAGCUCAGAAAAAGAAUUAUAUCCAUCGGGAACCGAAAGUAUCAGUGAUUCCUCCCAAACUAAGAGUAUUUCUGAUAUUUACGAUACGGCGGAAAAGCUUAAAACCAUCACCACAGAGCUGGAGGAGCUUGCUUUUGAAGAUAAAGAUUAUGAAAGAGUACCUACGAGUCAUUCUGAUCUAGGAUACAACAUUACCCCUGAAACAUCUCCAACCAUGAGGGUACCGCAAUCUCAAACAGAUCACUUCGAACCUGGAUGCUCAAGCCACGUCUCAGCCGAGAAUGCGUUUCACCUACCAGGGAUCAUCCAGGAUCAUAUCCAUUUGAUCAACGAGCCAAUAGUCAUAGACGACUCAGGGGCCACCCAAAUCAACGAUGGGAAAACCGCCAUCAGGGCUUUAAUAGGAAUUUUGCUUUUCGGAGGAGUCGUAUGAAAACUGAGAAUUGCGGCUACAAAAUUCCAAUUACCUAAAUUUAUAUAGAAACCGAAAUA